AUGACUAUGCCCGUUUACCCGUCAGCCGAUAAAAUGAAAAUGAGUACUCCAAGCUGCUUUCCCGGUCGGUACAGCCCCAACUACAGGGGGCCCGAACAGAUGCGACGGUGUAUGGCCAAUCCAUCGAGUCGAUUCCUGGAAGAUGCCUCCCUAAUGUGCAAUUCCUGGUCACCUAGGCACAAUGGAGACAUAUUUUCCGGCUUGAACGAUGGGAUCUUGAGCAGGGCGGAAGCGCUCGCUGCCGUCGAUAUUGGCAAGCAUCAGAAUAAUCACCCGCAGAUGGCAACGCAGCUCAAACACGACGUCAUGUACCACCACGGGAUGGGCGCGCCGCCGCAGAGGCCUCUACAGGUAGGAGCAUUUGUACGUCAGAUGCAUCAUACGAUGGACGGCAUCGAUAUGCUGGAUCCGUCCGGCUCGAUGACGACGCUGACGCCGAUGGCGGAAACGCCGAUCAGCUCGUCCCAUCACCAGCUGCACGGUUCCUAUCACAGCAUGAACCACAUGAUGAGCCACCAUCACAGCAGUCACCUCGGAAACCACACGCCAGGUAAUGGCUUCCUGGGGGCCCAUCAUCCGGCGAUGGCGGCCGCGGUGGCCGCCGCCGGGCUGCAUCCGGACACCGACACCGAUCCCAGGGAAUUGGAAGCGUUCGCCGAGCGGUUUAAGCAGCGGCGAAUAAAGCUAGGAGUGACCCAGGCGGACGUCGGGAAGGCCCUAGCGAACCUAAAGUUACCAGGCGUCGGUGCACUAUCGCAGAGCACCAUCUGCCGUUUCGAGAGCUUAACCCUGUCCCACAACAACAUGAUAGCACUGAAGCCGAUCCUGCAGGCGUGGCUGGAGGAGGCCGAGGCCCAGGCGAAGAACAAACGAAGAGACCCGGAUGCACCGAGCGUGCUUCCGGCGGGAGAGAAAAAAAGAAAAAGGACUUCCAUCGCUGCACCGGAAAAGCGUUCCCUCGAAGCCUACUUUGCCGUCCAACCGAGACCCUCGGGUGAGAAGAUUGCCGCCAUCGCGGAGAAGCUGGACUUGAAGAAGAACGUCGUGCGCGUCUGGUUCUGCAACCAGCGCCAGAAACAGAAGCGCAUGAAGUUUGCCGCCCAACACUGACCUUCGCAGGAAGCGCAACUUGAAUUAGCGAAUAGUGUGACUUUUACUAGUGGUAGCAACGUAGCUGGUUUUGGAUAUUAGCCUACUACUUACGCCGGGCCAAGGCGAGCGCGGCCUGAAACGCAAUAGGGGUAACAGAAGGAGGGUAACAAUAAACGAGCAAAACAAACGAAGAAAGCAUGGACAAAACUACACGGAAAGAAAAUCACGACACAUAAAACAGAAAGGGAACCAAUUGAAGAUAAAAUUAAAAGAAAAAACAUUAGGAUUGUUGUAUAUAUGGAAACAAUACUUUUAAGACAAGCAUUAAUCAGCAGUAGCAGCCGAAAGCGAGGGAAGAGAGAGAGCGAGGCUAAACACAAUGCAAUAGCAGCGAGAUAUAGUAUCAUUUCCGACUCCUUGAGGAUUGUGAUUUUUCCUUUUAAGUUAAACUAGAGUAGCGUUAAGCCUUCACCUAUCGACACAGAAAAUCAGAUCACGGGCAGUGAAAUGGAUCGUCAUGCUAAAUAAAUCUAAAACAAAAAACCGCUAGGGCCAAUAAGUCUAGGGUUGAAGCUGUACGCUGAACGUAGGUACGAGGUAACUUGAGGAGACAACAACCGACAACCACUUGCCGGUGGCGUUGGUCUUGUUUGGCCACCACAGCCAACGAUUACGAAGUGCAAUAUGGCAGUUAUAUCUUUUUAUGUAACGCGAAGUAUUAGAGUAAAACGGUAUGCAGACGAAAACCAAUUAUAAACGACUACACUCUAGAACAGCAACAGCGUAGAAACAGGCCAGGUUUAAGAGCAUCGAAGGCAUGCGGAUGGGAAAGAAAAACUAAACCAAUAAGCAACAUGCAAGUAGUACAAGGAACGGCGAUCCUGUGUAGUAGAGUUCCCUGGCAAAUUAAUAAUAGUAAAAAAAAGCAACAACCGAAGACACGAACAAGCAAACGCAGUUACAGUGAUCCUAAUUUGAAUCUUUUCAUUUGUAAUUUGUGUGGUAGUGAAGUUGUACAUAAUAAAAAAAGUAACACAA